AUGAAGCCAUUCCCAGGCAUUCGACGAGUGCCCCGAACUUCUCACAGAAGCUAUGGCACAACCCCCCCGGUCAGACCGGGGCCCGUUUUCCUGUCCAAGAAGUACAUAAGAGAAAGAGAAGCCAAGGCAGCGGGUAGGGCACCGCCAAUACCGCCAAUAUCGAAGAAAGAAGCAAAAGCACAAGCGAUACGAGAUGCGCCGAAGCGCAGGGCAGAGGAAAGACAGGCGCACUUCACCAAGAGAAUCCAAGAGGUCCUAGGCCACGACGGAAUCGCAAAAGACGUACGGAUCGACAAGAAGAACAAGAAGGUCAAGACGUCCGCGGGCGACCUGCCCAUCUCGCCCGUUAUGGACCCCGUGUGGAUGGAUGUACGCACGAGGUACCGGACGCCCAAGCCCAGACCGAAAUCCAAGAGCGACAAGGUCCGGGAUUAUUCUUUGUCUUCGUCUGGGGCGGCACCGAGAAAACACAAGUAUAAGACUAGGAUGGGCAAAGACAAGAAGACGCAGAGCCCAAGGCUCAUUGUCAUGAACAAGUUGCCCAACGGGGGCAGGUUCCGCGUCAAGUUGGAACAGAACCCGUACGUACAUGCUCUCGCCUCGCCUGUCCGAUUCUGCCCCGUUACGGGGACAUCUCUGCCGAAAUACUUUCUUCAAAACUUCAAGGCUGUUACGAAUCCGGACACCCAGGGGCACUGGUUUAUACCAGGCGACGUUGAAGUAUCGUGGACACAUAGAGACGCCAUGGAAGAGGAGCUUAGGAAGCUUGAUAAUCUGGAGAAUCGUUCAGAAAAGUUUGAUGAUGUGAAAAAUGGUGCUAUUAAACAGGGGAAGGACGAUUCUAAAGAGCUCAAUGAAGUAAAUGGUGAACCGAGGAAAGCUUUCACAGGGAAGGACGAAUCCAAGAAGGCCGACAAUGCAGAGGACGAGUCCAACAAGUGUUUCGAAGAGACGACCGGAUCCACCAAACCUGAAGAGGAGAAGGUCGAAUACAAAAAGCAGAGCGAAAAAGAGCCCCAAAACCUUGACACUGCAGUAGACGACUUUGAGCAGCAUUUCACAAACGUAAUCGGAUCCGAGAAGAACGCCAAAAAGGAAAGGAGCCGCUCUGGAGCCGUAUCUCUUCCUCCCAUCCCCCAGAAACAAUUCCCCGAGGACCCCAUUGCAAAACAAAAAGAAACAGACCAGCUCCUCCUCAAGUCCCCCUCCGCUUACGUCGUCUCCCGCAAACCCGUCAUCGACUCCAUGGCAGGCAAACGCGGCAAAACUCCCUUCGGCGACGGCUGGCGGACCCUCCUCGGCAGGAACCCAAAGGUCAUGAACUCGGAUAUCCCCAAACGCCUCGUCUGGCGCCAGGACAUGGGCGACUUUGUUCUAGAGAACCUGCGCAAGAAUAUCAUGAAGUACGUCACUGGGUACGUCGAGGCGGACGAAGGGCACAGCUCAUGCAUCCAGCCCCUCGAGACGUGGGAAGAUGUCCACGACGCCCAGAAGCGGAGCUGUUUGCUGUGGUAUGAUGCGGCGAAUAUCCCCGCGGGGGAGAGUCGGUGGGACGAGUGGAUGGAGGAAGGAAAAGUAAAGCCGUUUGCGACCUAUGACGUCCCAGACGCAAAGUACGAAAAGAGUCUGCCCAUCUACGACAUCGGGCGGCUCAUGGGGCCAAAGUACCUCGCGAAGCUGCGGGAGAUACCCGUGUUCCGCGAGCGCUCGCUCUUCGUCGUCAAGAAGAAGCGGUCGAUUCCGCUGCAGCUGUACCUAUGGAAGCUGCAGGCGUACAUGGCCGAGUAUCCCUCCGCAGAAAAGGUCGCCGAGGUAUCUGCGGAGAAAAGGAGGCUCGAUAGGAAGAGGAGGGAGGAGGAGCGCCGGGAGGAGCUUGUACAGGAGCAAUUCAGGCUAGAGGAGGAGGCGAGGGAGGGGUAUAUACGGGCCAAGGCUGAGCGGGCGAGAAUUAUUCAGGAGAGACUCCAGCGGGAGAUGCAAGGCUUCGAUGAACCCAGGGAUAAGACGGCAGAGGUCGGGGCAGAACGCGGAGUCGGGUUUGGGAGCAGCAGUACAACCAUGCCAAGGUCUACAGCGGCGCCCAUGAGCUCGGCCGACUUCACCGCCCAGCUCAUGGCAGUACCUCGAGCCGUGUCCUCACCCAGUGCUUGGGACAGCGCCGCCAUCAAGCCCAUACCUACGAUCAAGGUCGACAGGAAGGCUGAAGCCCCUAAAUGGCCCACAAUCAAAGCCAAAGCGAAAGCCACACCUAGGCGCUCCGCCAAAGAUGUAGCCACGCCCAUGACUGCAGCCGACUUCACUGCCCAGCUCAGGGCGACACCCAAGGUCGGUUCUGGAUCUGGCUCUCGGGACAAUUCUGCCGUCAAGUCGGUAGCCCCCGCCAAGGUCGUCAACGAGGCCGGUUUGACUUCACCUUUGGCCAAAGUUGAAGGCGGAUCUAAGCCCCAGCGUGUCGGUACGACAGCCGAGACUACACCCAAGGCCGAUGUCAAAGGAGCAUCGGAACCCAAAGCAGAAGUCAAGAAGCCAAAGGUGAGAUCAGUCAAGCCACGCUGGUAG